ACUGACUAGUUGCGUCACUCGUCUGGAGAACGUUGAUCCUUACGCGUGGCGGUGGAAGUGUAAUGUACAUUGUCGUCGGCUUGUCAAAUAUUGAAGGGAGGGUGUGUUCGUCAUUUACCUGGGCUAACAUUAUUGUUUCUUGAAACUACUUUACUAAAGAAGAGGACAUAGAUACAAUAAAUAAUAAUUUACAGCUGUAUUAACGCUGGCUACUAUUCUGGAGAAAGCAGAGUCCGGAUUAAAGGAUGCUAAGAAGGCUCUGAGUCGGGGCUCCAAGAUGAGUGUGACGUCAUGGUUCCUGGUCAGCAGCUCAGGCACAAGACACCGGUUGCCACCGGAGAUGAUCUUUGUGGGCCGGGAGGAGUGCGAACUCAUGCUGCAGUCGCGCAGUGUGGACAAGCAGCAUGCUGUCGUCAACUACGACCCAGCCACAGACGAACACAUGGUGAAGGACCUGGGCAGCCUGAACGGGACUUUUGUGAAUGAUCUGAGAAUCCCAGACCAGACUUACAUCACCCUGAAGCUCGCUGAUGUCAUCCGCUUUGGAUAUGAUUCUCAUGUGUACAUCCUGGAGAGGAGUCAACACAAGGUGCCAGAGGAGGCUCUCAAACAUGAGAAGUACACCAGCCAGCUGCAGAUGAGUAUGAAGGCCCUGGAAGCCAGGAAGAGGGAGAAAGAGAGGCAGCAUGCUGAGGAGAGAACCAGAGACUCAUUUCGCUCCAAACAGGAGAAAGCCGAGGGUAAAGCUGCCCUCGCAGCAGUGGCCAGCGAGGCUCCAGUGUCCAGACCCACUCCUCUGUAUGGGCAGCCGUCGUGGUGGGGGGAGGAUGAUGCUGAACACGGUGAAGGACAGCAGCCAGACGAGGACCCUACAGAGAAUACUAACGAGAGCUACAGACAGGAGGUCAACUGCUCCCUGUCAGACAGCCAGGCCAGGCCCAUCUACUCGCACCACAGGGAGCCCAGCUACUUUGAGAUCCCCACCAAGGAGUUCCAGCAGCGGGAGCUCCAGGAGGUUCCCACUAAGGACACUGACCCCCCUGCUGUCCCUGUUCUCCCCCCAGCCCCCACCCCCACACCCCCUGUGGUGCAGAGCCACGCCUCCUUCACCAUCGAGUUUGAUGAAUGCAUGCCGGGUAAAAUCAAGAUCAAAGACCAUGUGACCAAGUUCUCCUUCCGCCAGCAACGCAAGCUCCUGAGUAAGGAGGCGGUCACCGCACCCACGGAGGUGAUGUCAGCAGAGAGCAAGGUGGCUGAUUGGCUGGACCAAAGCGAUGUGCGCUUGAUGCAGAGGUGGUCUCAGACAGAGGACAUUUUCAGCACCAACAGUGACCUGCCCAUCUACAACAAGGCUUCCACAGGCCAUCACCAUGAGGAUGGGACUCGGGGCAACUCUGAGGAUUCUGUUGUGAACGGGAAGCAGGUUAUCCAGUCAAAGCCCCCUAGACCCUUCACACCCCCUGACUCAGAGGACCUUCUGUCCAGCUCCCCUCCAGAGACUCACUCCCCUCCUCAGAGCCAGGGCAAAGAAGACCCCCAGCAGGCCUUCGUCAUCGAGUUCUUUGAUGACAAUCCACGCAAGAAGCGUUCACAGACCUUCACCAACAACACAGUCCAGCCCGACAGCCCGGCCCUUAGGAACAAGCUGGAGAAGAAGUUGAGCCCCAGCUCCCCCACCCAGCAGUAUACCAUACCCCUGAAAGGCCCGGGCUCUGGAGGCCCCCAGAGGGCCGGCUCCCUGAGGCGGGAGAAGACAGAGGAUCGGAUCAAUACUAGCUUCUCUUCCCAAUCCUCCUCCAUACAGCCCAGGCCCUUUAGAAGUGUGGGCCGGAGAUCUAAACUGGCCCAGGACUUCACUGCUGAGUUCCUGAGGGAGUCCAGACGGGAGACUAGACCGAGCAUGAACACAACCUGGGAGAGGAAGACUUCACCUGUGUCUCUUACCAUCAGCCCACCACCAACAGAAAUGGCAGCAGUGCCCAACUCCCACCAUACCCCACCAAGCCCCCCUCAGCCCCCUGUCCCAUAUCUGACUCAGACCUCCACCGUCAACCAGCCUGUGUCCCUGAAAGCCCCUCUAAUAUCCCUGGUCAACCACACCCUGGAGGCCGCACGGAGCCUGGAGGCCGCACGGAGCCUGGAGGCCGCACGGAUCCUGGAGGUUAGAAGCCCCAGAAGCUUGGGGAAUGAGGAGGACGAUGCCUUGAGUGAAGCAGGCACCUACACCAUCGAGACAGAGGUCCAGGAUGAAGAGGUGGUGGAGGCACGCAGCAAGAUAGACCAGGUGUUUGGGGUUGUUGAGGGGCCAGAGCAGCCCAGCCACGCUGCAGCAGCAGCAUAUAAGCCUGUUAAGGCUCAGGACAGGGAGGAGCGUAGGGAGAGUAGCUCUGUGGAUCUAAGGCCAGCUCCAGGGCAGGGACAGAAUCAGCUGCAGGUGUCUGGUGGUUCUAAGUGGGUGUCUCGCUGGGCCAGCCUGGCAGACAGCUACACAGACUCUGGCCCCUCCUCAGGCCUCUUCGACAUCCCCUCACAGAUUGAGCUGUCAGGAGGAGUUGGUGGGAGGACCGGCUAUCAGGCGAUGCUCAGUCGCAACGUCAAAAGUGUGGAAUCAGAAGGCCAGAGUUCCAGAACACGGCGGAUUCUGCCUCAGGCACCGUUGGUGGAGAAGAAUGAGACUCCAACUCCCAGCAUUCUUGUCCAUCAGGACACUUACUCUACCUAUGAUGUCAGAGAGAAGAGCUCCAGAGCCCUCUGUCCACAGGAGGGACUCCACAACCUGUCUGUACAGGAUGACCUAGACCCAGACAGCCUGAGUGAUGCCAGUAAGUCAGACGACGGCUCCAUCGUAGAACAGAGGACGACGCCCACACCAGAUAUGACAGACAAGAGUUCAUCUCCGAGCAGAGAAGAGGAGAGGCCCAGACUCACACCCAAGUCUACAUCAUUCUACAUUGACUCUGAGGAGAGGGGAUCCAGACCCAAUACGCCCAGGACUGAGAGAAAACUACCACCUCCUCCUAAUACACCACAGUUCUCCACAGCCACCCUUACCAAACAACGGGGUGGACAGGACUCACAGAAGACUGUGAAGCCCAACUCGUCAGCUCCCAAGCUGGACUACCAGGGUAGAGUCAGCCCUCAGCCCAAGGAGAUCUCAGUGUCUCUGGUCAGGCAGGAGAGCUUCACUAAGGACCAGCCAAGUGAUGCUGCACAGGUCACCAGACUCCCCCACAUCUCCAGCCAGCCUGCUCAGAAUGACCCAGACCCUGCUGAGGUGUUCCAGGGUAUCUGCAGCCAGGACACCCACUCCUACCUCAAGGAGACUGAGGACGCUCUGGCUGCCCUGGAGGCCAAGCUCCAGGCCCAGACUGAUGUAGUUCCCUGCCCCAUAGAUGACACACUGUCUGGGGAGUCUGACAUGGACUCAGCCAGCACUGCCAGCCAGCGCAGCAACCAGACUACACCCAAGACCAGAUCUAAGAAGCCCUCUAUCACCUGUGGCCUUCAGAGGGAGAGGUCCUCUGCCAGCUCCUUCACCCAGGAGCCCAGUCGCCAGCCGUCAGCCCAUAAUCGCCCGUCAGAAAAGCAGCGAUCUCAGGGAGAAGAUAGCAGAGAUAGUAAGCCUGAACCAGGCAGGAGGCUAGGGAUGAGACGCAGUGUGAGCAAACAUGGCUCCAUGGACCUUAGCGAUGACCCCCAGGGCUCCAGCUUACCCUACUGGCCUGAUACCAUUUCCUCAGACCAGGAGGGCUACCGGCCCACUGCACGCAAGAAGUACACCACCCCCCUGCAGAAGGAGGAGUCUUCUAAGUCCUCCAAAGUGUCCCAGGCCCUGAGCCGCUCCAACAGCAUGUAUGCCCCAAGGCCUACUAGAGCCUCCAUGCUUCGUCGGGCUCGCCUGGGCGAGGCGUCCGACAACGAGGGCACAGAGACGGACAGGAUCUCCCAGGAGGCCAGUGGGACCACCAAGGCCUCCCAGGACAGUAAGAAGCAGCUCUCCAGGCUGGACAUGCUGGCUCUGCCCCGGAAGAGGACCAGCUCCUUCACCACUCCCAGUGAUACAGAGUCCUCCGCACCCAGGACAGGCUUCUCCAACCGCAGCACAGAGUCCAACAGCGGCUCUGGGCGUAAGGCCUCCGUCGCCAGACCCAGCUCUAAGCCUGUGCUAGGCAGGGCCUCUGGAGCUCCCUGCAAGCCCAUCACCCGAGGCCGCUCCAGCAGCGCCAAAUACACCAGCAGCACAGCCAGCUCCAGACGACGGCAGAAAGGCUCUGACUAUACCUCCACCUCGGAGGAGGAGUAUGACUCUGGUAACCAGAUCACCCCUAAACACAAACGCUCCCAGACCCCCUCAGCCUCCCGCUCCCAGCCCCUCAUCCCCCCGCGCCCCAAAGCCAGCUCAAGAGACUCGGACCAGGAGAGUCACGAGGGAGACGCCUACCAGAACUGGUCCUCCCACAGUGCUGAGAUAGCAAAACUGAGUCAGGACCUGGCUAAAGAUCUGGCCAUCCUGGCCAGGGAGAUCCAUGACGUGGCUGGUGAUACUGAUCCUCAGAGCUCUUCUGGAGUGGAGGCCAACACACCUGCCUCUACCAUGACCACCCAGGACGAGUUGGUCCAUCCUAUUCCUGAGGCUGGUGUGAAUUACCAGAGAGCUCCCCCUGGUUCACCUGCUGCCGGGGACCCCGACCAGACCAUGAUGAAUGAGCAGGAACACAACUCUAAGCACAGAUGGAACCAGGAAGAGGUUGUUGUUGAUGACCUUAUGCUGAAUCCAGUGUCCCAGAUCUCUCUGGCUAUUCGAGAAAACACAGAGCAACUAGCUGAGAAAAUAAAGGUACUAUUCCACAACAAACAGGACAUUUGGGAGGAAAUUGAAGCAAAGAUCAAUGCUGAAAAUGACAUCCCUGUCCUGAAAGGCUCAAACAAGGAAAUCACAUCUAUUCUCAAAGAGCUCAGAAGAGUUCAGAGACAACUUGAAGUCAUCAACACCAUCAUUGAACCCAGUGGGAACCUUGAGCCAGCCAAAACCUCCACUCCUGUCUCCCCCUCCUCAGCCAGUGUAAGGCCAUCCAGGGCCCCUUCGAGAGACUGGAGAUCAUUAGGUUCCCAGCGGGGUGAGGGUGGGGUCUCCUCUUCCAGCUCCAGGUCCAGUGAGAGUGUCAGGAGAUCAGCUAUGGCCUCAGAGGCAGAGAGCUAUGUGGUCUGAGGUUCUGGAACACCGUGCCUCCUCUUCACUGCUGCGCCACAAUCCCAGGUGUUGAGAGAGUGGAUUUGAGAGGGGGAAAUGGGUACUGCUAGAGACAACUGUGGCCCCACUGCACUGUGACACUACUGCACUGUGUGUACACUACUAGAGAACUGAAAUGCGUAUUGAACUGCCAUGGUGUGAGAAGGAGAUUGUAGAAGACACACUAAAUUCAUGCAUUGGUUAGUUCAGCUGAGGGAAAACCCCUUUAAGGCAAGGCCAUUAUUGUGCCAUAUACAGUGCAUUUGUAAAGUAUUCAGACCCCUUGACUUUUUCCACAUUUUCUUACCUUCCAGCCUUAUUCUAAAAUGUAUUACAUAGUUUUUCCCCCUCAUAAAUCUACACACAAUACCUCAUAAUAACAAAGCAAAAAUAGGGUUUUAGAAAUUUUUGCAAAUGUAUUAAAAAUGAGGAACGGAAGUAUCAUAUUUACAUAAAUAUUCAGACCCUUUACUCAGUACUUUGUUGAAGCACAUUUGGCAUCGAUUACAGCCUAGAGUUUUCUUGGGUAUGACGCUACAAUCUUGGCACAAUUGUAUUGUUCAUCAUUCCCUCAAUCUGGACUAGUCUCCCAGUCCCUGCUGCUGAAAAACAUCUCCACAGCUUGAUGCUGCCACCACCAUGAUUCACCGUAGGGAUGGUGCCAGUCUUCCUCCAGACAUGACGCUUUGCAUUCAGGCCAAAGAGUUAAAUCUUGGUUUCAUCAGAUCAGAGAAUCUUGUUUCUCAUGGCCUGAGAUUCUUUAGGUGUCUUUUCGCUAACUCCAAGCAGGCUUCAUGGGCCUUUUACUGAGAAGUGGCUUCUGUCUGGCCACUACCAUAAAGGUCUGAUUGGUGGAGUGCUGCAGAGAUGGUUGUCCUUCUGGAAGGUUCUCCCAUCUCCACAGAGGAACUCUGGGGCUCUGUCAGUGAUCAUUGGGUUCUUUGUCACCUCCCUGAACAAGGCCCUUCUCCCCCGAUUGCUCAGUCUGGCCGGGCGGCUUAGUAGUUCCAAAAUUCUUCCAUUUAAGAAUUAUGGAGGCCACUGUGUUCUUGGGAACCUUCAAUGCUGCAGAAAUGUUUCGGUACCCUUCCCCAGAUCUCUGUGCCUCGAUCAAAUCAAAUCAAAUCAAAUUUUAUUUGUCACAUACACAUGGUUAGCAGAUGUUAAUGCGAGUGUAGCGAAAUGCUUGUGCUUCUAGUUCCGACAAUGCAGUGAUAACCAACAAGUAAUCUAACUAACAAUUCCAAAACUACUGUCUUAUACACAGUGUAAGGGGAUAAGGAAUAUGUACAUAAGGAUAUAUGAAUGAGUGAUGGUACAGAGCAGCAUACAGUAGAUGGUAUCGAGUACAGUAUAUACAUAUGAGAUGAGUAUGUAGACAAAGUAAACAAAGUGGCAUAGUUAAAGUGGCUAGUGACAUAAGAAUGCAGUCGAUGAUCUAGAGCUCUACAGACAAUUUCUUCGACCUCAUGGAUUGUGGCUAGUGACAUAAGAAUGCAGUCGUAUCUCUGAGCUCUACAGACAAUUUCUUCGACCUCAUGGAUUGUUUUUUUGUUCAGAAAUGCACUGUCAACUGUGGGACCUUGUAUAGACAGGUGUGUACCUUUCCAAAUCAUGUCCAAUCAAUUGAAAUGCCCACAGGUGGACUCCAAUCAAUUUGUAGAAACAUCUCAAGGAUGUAAACAGGAUGCACCUGAGCUCAAUUUCGAGUCUCAUAGCAAAGGGUCUGAAUAAUUAUGUAUAUAAGGUGUUUCUGUUUAUUUCUUUUAUACAUUUGCACAAAAGUCUAAAAUAAAAGUUUUCGCUUUGUCAUUAUGGGUUAUUGUGUGUAGAUUGAUGAGGAGAAAAAAUAUAAUUUAGUACAUUUUAGAAUAAGGCUGUAACGUAACAAUGUGGAAAAAGUCAAGGGUUCUGAAUACUUCUCAGUUGAUCUCACUUUCACAAAAGCAUACUUGAUUAUAUGCAUUUUAUUGACAUGUUUCGGUGAUUUCCAUUAAUUGGGAAAGUGUUGCUGCAAUGAACUUAGAGUACAGUAUAUUUAAAAUCCGCUUGAGUAUGUUUUAUUUAAUUAAGUAUCUCUUACUAAUGCAAUUAAAUAGGAUUUUGACUUUGAUUGAUGAAAUGUAUGAAUAAAGUAGAAAGGCUUUCUCCAGGAUCCCUUGAUAAACCAGUGACUGGGAUUAUCAAAGACUUCCCCACUGUAUUUUCUUUUUCUAUUGACCACUUUUUUAUCUCUAUGGACCAGACUUGAAGAAUGUAUAUCAAGUAUUUAAUUGUAAUGAUUUAUAUAGUAUUAAAGAGUUUAUAAGUUGGCACUUGGACACUUGCUUUGAGCUAAGAGAAGAAUGUUAUUUUUCUGGUCUUUUAAAAGAGACUGAAUCAUUUUAGAGAUGAAAUGUAAGAAUGGGUCUAGGAGUCACUGUUUCACAGGGUAUCUCACGUUGCCAGUAGAAACAUGUCAUGAUCAGAUGUGUUUUGUGCCUUAUUCUUUUGAGUCAAAAGUAGCAAUUAGGUCUGCCUCAUGUCUGAUAUUAGAAGUUUCCUUGUUCUCAGAACUGAACAUCUGCGGGGAAUGUACUGUAUGGUUGGGUGGGCAGGGCAGUGGGGCUUAGUGGUGCGGUAGAACAUCUAGGUUUAACCACCUGACAACAGCCAACUGUCUGGAGUGAAUAGUUGCAUAGCUCAGCCCAGAGAUUUUAAGCUUUAACACCGAAUAAAACACAGGACUCAUUCAGGACUUCUACCAGCAAGCGCCAUUUGGAAAGUGUUUGUUAGUAUUGCCGAUAGGUUUGAUUGUCAACCUGUCAGUUGAUUGCACAGCUGUCCAUAGUGUGGUCAGCGAUAUCUACUUUCUGUUCCCUUCUUGAUUCCCCUUUCUCAGUUUAAAUUGUGAUCCGUAGCUUCAAUUUUGCUGAAGUUUACCGUUGAAACGUCUUAGUAAAAGCUUUUGUGUGUGUCCUUUCAAACUAUAUAAACCAGUGACCCGCAGUGUUUGGCAUUAUACCCCAAUGAAGACUGCUUGGCUGUCGAAACAUUGGUUCUAAAAUGAUUGCAUCGGAGCUCCUAGAGUGUGCGGCUCUCCUUUUAUUUUUUAUAGUAAAAGUGAACACUUUACGGACUCAAAUGCUCUCUGACAGUUUUGCUUUCUGGAUAUAUUUCCUCCAGUUUUAUUUCUGUACACUCCUUCAUUAAGCACACCACACUACCUGGUCUCCUGUGUUGUUGAUGCCAGUUUAUUAGGCCUAUUAAGUGAAGUGUCAAAAGCAAGAUGCACAUGCUGUUCAUUGUUUUGUUAUAAUCUAAUUAUAAUUGGGAGUGACAAUUAAGCAGAAAUUCUGUGCAAUUAUAAAUUAAAUAAGCAUGUCUUAUAAUGUAUGUACAUAUCUACAAGUUUGAUCUGGAGAUGACCUCCAUCUAGUAUUUUGCACUAUUGUAAUACCAUCGCGACCCUUCAACCUAAUAUGCUGAGAAGCUACACUUUAAGCCCCCUUUUUUACUAAUGGGGUUGCAUUCAUUCUUUUAAAGAUUGUAUAAAUGCUCUCCUGUCCAGAAUGAGAGGAGGCUGAAAAUUCAAUGAAAUGAAAGGACUGCAGUCCACCACAAGUGCUUUCCUCUUUUCUAACCAGUUUGUGUAGCUGUCCAUGAAGUAGUAACCGCAAUUUCCCUCAGUGCCACAAAGCCUUUUGGGAUAUAUUGUUUCAUACCACAAAGUACAGUACUUGUAUGAGCUCAGUUAAAUCUGUUUCUUUGAGCUUUUGAUUGCUAUGGCUGUGUGCUAUUCAUUGCAGUUCUUCAUCAAAAUGAGAAAUACCUUGGUGUAAGUCAUGAGUCCCAUUUUGUUAAACCUGUUCGUAUCCCUUCAAUGUCAUCACCAUGGUUUGGUUUUUUGGUUGUUUGGCUCUUGCACCCUAAACAAAAAAGUUUCCACUUUAUUUUUUAUUGAUGUUUUCCAGAAUUAAUCUAUUGAAAAAGUUAUCAUUUUGUGCAUAAUUUAGAAAAUGGGAUUCCAUUUUUUUUGUAAUAAACUGAUUUGUAAUCAAUUA